CGCGGCAGCAUGUGGCAGGCCCUGCUGGGCACCGGGCACGAGGUUCCUCGCAAGGCCUACUUGAAGACCUGGUACAAAAUCCACAUGGCGGACCUCAAGCCCAUCCACACGGCUGCCUGCCUGGGCGACGUGGAGAAAGUGGAGAGUAUCCUUUCGAGGGAACCCUACAUCCUGAAUGAGAAGGAUUGGGUGCACAGGACUGCUCUACAUUUGGCCUCUGCCAAGGGCCAUGCAGAAGUGGUGAGACUCCUGGUGAAUAGAAAGUGCCAACUUAACAGGCAUGACAACAAAAGGAGGACAGCUCUGAUAAAGGCCGUCCAAUGCCAGGAGGAGGAAUGUGUGACCGUUCUGCUGAGAGGUGGUGCCGAUCCAAACUUUCAAGAUGUGUAUGGCAACGCUGCUCUUCACUAUGCUGCCUAUCACCAGAACGUACCAAUAGCAGAAAAACUGCUUUCAGGCGGUGCAUAUAUUGACCCAAAAAACAAGAGUCACCUCACACCACUUUUACUUGCUGUAAGUGAAAAAAAAGAGGAAAUGGUGGACUUUUUAGUAAAGAAGGGAGCAAACAUAAAUGCAGUUGAUAAGCUGAAAAGAAGUGCUCUCGAGCUUGCGAAAGACUCUGAGUCAUCACGUAUAGUCAGUCUUCUUCAGCAACGUCGUGAUGUCUCUUCUGAAGUUCUCUUGGGACAGGCCGCAGGAGAUUAUGCCAUUGCCAGUGGUUUUAAUAACAUUCCCCAGCAAAUUUCAGAACAUAAAGCAGAAAAGAUACCAAAAAAUCCUUCUGAAAAUAGCAAUUCAGUAGAUGGCUCAGCAGAAUUGCAGGGCCUGCGUCCAGGCAAGGUGGAGUUCUGGGCGGAUGUCACGAGAUUAUCUUUUCUGAAGAUGGAAGGAAUCCGAAUCAUCAACUGUAGUUGA